GAUGUAGAAGUAGGAUAAUAGUUUUGCAUGUCGUAGCCAGUGCUAGGCCAGUUGUCAAUGGAAAAUAGGAUGGUGCUAGAUCUGGGAGUUCUUCUUUCCUCUCUUCACUCUUUACAAGCUUGCUUUCCAAGUAUUACAAGCAACUUUGAAGUUCAUGGGUGCGUGGUCCAGGCCUCGAAUUGGGGAAGAGGGGCAGUGGGGCACGUGACCGGCGUACCCGCAGCGGGAAGGCGGCUCCAGGCGGACGCGUUGGCAGCCAUACCUUACCUACCUUACUGUACCUUUCCCAGCUGCAGUGCCCAGUGCCCUUUCACCCGUCUCCAAAGUGGCCGUUCAUAACGCCCUUUUUUUCAGCCGCAACCCACCAAUCAGCCGUUUCCAUUCCAUUUUGAUCCUUCCCAGAUCACCCUUUGACGCUUAGUCACUCAAAAUCACGCUCUCGCUUGCCGCCCACUCCGCAAACCUAUUUAAACCGUUUCUCUUCUCCUUUCCCCCCUCUCUUACAACCUCUGAUUUUCUCUGGCCCGCUACG